GAAAAAACAAAAGAUAAAGAAAAGGAAUUAGAAAAGCUGAUUGCAGAGCUUGAGUUAACUAAACAACGAACCGAAGAAGCAAGAAAAUUGGCAGAAUUAAGUCAGUCCAGAGCUGAAGCAGCAAAGGAGGCAUCCAGCCCUGAUGGUCAAGGUACUGUGCAACCGUCAACUGAUCCUAAAAACUUUGUUCCCCUGCACAAUGGAACCUUGAACAGUCACAAAGGAGAGAAAGAGCAACCUUUAGAGAAGGCACUGCCUGUCAAGUUAAAAGGUGUUGAUCUACCCUUUCUCGCAGGGGAAGACAAAACAGACUAUGAAUCCUGGAAAGCAGCGUUCAUGUCUAUAGUUGACUGACUGGAUAUCCCUGUAGUUGAGAAGAUGCUAUUCCUACUAAACAGUUUGAAAGGAAAAGCCCUGACACUUGUGAAGGACCUUGGGUACUCAACACAUGCUUAGGAGAGAGCAAAAGACAAGCUUGAUAAGAAGUAGGGUGGAGAGCGGCGUUUACAGAUAAAGCAACUGACAGCACUAUGCACAUGGCCAAGGGUUCAACCUCGAAAUCUUGCAGACAGGGAGGAAUUCCAAGCCGUAACAGACAGAGUAAUGAUAGCACUGCAAGACAGUGGACCAGGCAGGGAGUUGCAAGGGCAGAGCUUGAACCUUACAUCUAA